GAAGAAGCAUCGAGCGACCCGUCGGAGCAGUGGCCCAUUGGAUCGAAUAUGGAUCGAGCUGACUACCACCACCACCAGCAGCAGCACCAGUUCAUGAUGCCGCCGCCGUUGCCCGUGCAGCAGCGGCAGAUGUGCGUGCCGAUGAUGGACGACGACGACGUCGACGAGCAGCAGUUCUCGGCGGGGAGGGGCGGUGGAAGGGCGGAGAGGAAGCGGCGGUUCACGGAGGAGCAGAUACGGUCGCUGGAGUCCACGUUCCACGCGCGCCAGGCCAAGCUGGAGCCCCGGGAGAAGGCGGAGCUGGCGCGGGAGCUGGGCCUGCAGCCGCGCCAGGUCGCCAUCUGGUUCCAGAACAAGCGCGCGCGGUGGCGCACCAAGCAGCUCGAGCACGACUUCGCCGCCCUCCGCGCCAAGUACGACGCCCUCCAAUCCCGCGUCGACUGCCUCAAGCAGGACAAGCAAGCCCUCACCGCACAGGUAACCAUCGUUGGAAAAUUCAAUAUGCAGGUGCACGAGCUAAGCGAGCGGCUGAGGGAGCGGGACGGCGGCGCGACGGCUGCCACCGCCAGCAGCAGCAGCUGCAACAACGACGAGCUGGACGACGACAAGAGGAACGUCGUCGCCGGGUGCGUCGACCUCGACGUCGAGCCCCUCGAGAGCUGCGUGCUCGGUGGGACGGCGUGCGCCACGCCGGCCGACGUCUCGCUCUCGGUGGAGUCCGACUGCGGCGACCACCUCCACUACGACGACGGGGCGGCAGGAGGCUUCCCGCCCGACUCCUUCUGCGCCACGCCGGAGCUGUGGGAGCCGUGGCCGUGGCCGCCUCUCGAGUGGAAUGCGGUGGCCUGAACGGUCCACCUAGUUGUACACGUAGGCUUGUGUUAGUACGUGCAUGCUGUGCUUAGUCUCGCAUUCUGUUGGGAUCGAUAGAGGCGAAUGGGUAUGAGGGAAUGACAGGUGGGUCCGUGUAAGAUAGGGGAAGGGACUGAAAUGAUGAAACCUAGGAGGCAGCUGGCCAAUGGAUGGGACUGGUGAUUUGGAUGCUGCUAAAAAUGGUUUCAGUUAGAGAUAAUUGGUAUAGAGUUUGCAUCAGCUAUUCUGUUUGUUCUCGGGCGCUAUGGAUUUAAAGUUGGAUUUAAGGUUGAUAAAUGGUGUACCAUUUGUUUCUGAACAUAAAGCGUUUUAGAAGUUCAAUUUAAUCACCCAAAACAUUUUAUAUUUAGGAAUGGAUGUGGUAAUAAACUAUCAUGCUAGGACUUAGGGCCAUGGUUACAGUUU